UAGACAUUUAAUGCUACCAUUUUCUUUGGCCAUCAGUACAGUGAAAACCCAAGGGAAAGAUUCCCAUAUCUGGCCAUCACUAAUUUUCCACUUCAGUGACGUAUCAGCCGGCAUCAGAAAGUGAUAAUAUGUCCUCAAACAAAAGUCAAAUUUAGCAGGGAAAAUAUUGAAGUAUUUACUGAGAAAACACUUGAAAAUUUUCAGACCAGUGUCAUAGGGUUUGUGCAUAGAGUGGCAAGGGAUGGCAAGAUAUGGGAAUCUUUAUCUGAUGGUGUCAAUAAAAAUAAGAUUGAGUUGGCAUGAACAAAACGUUGUCGUAAACGUUGGUACCUUGAUCCUGUCUUAACUUAUUCUUUAACAUGGGGCUUGCGGUCGCUGCCGAAGUAAAUUGAGCGUGAUUGCUGGGGAGUAAUAAAUAACCGUCUGAUAUUUUCUACACAAACCCCCGGUGUAGGGGGUUUUGCAUUGACAUUUUUAGAUACCAACUUUCAGCAAUCAUGUGGUUUGUUUACUUAGUUGUAUUCCUUCUUCGACGUAUAAUAUGCAGUGUGUGCUGCCUAGUCAACUAAACCAUAUCAAAUCCCUAUUUCAGAACCCCUGAAGGCCUGAUCUACAGUACCUUUGCCAACGUGUGGUCUCAAUGAUGGAAGCAUCAUCUCAAGAUCCAUCCUCUGCCUCAUCUGCAUCAUCAGAAUGGGUUACCAUAGCAACUGAAAAUGAGCUGAGGGAGAAAGGACGAAAGACUGCACUUGUGUCUGGCAGAAAAAUUACAGUGUUCUGUCGAGAUGGGGGGUUUUAUGCAUUGGACUUUCACUGUUACCAUGCCGGUGGACCUCUGGAUGUUGGAAACAUAGAGGAUAUUAACGGAGUCAGCUGUGUUGUGUGUCCGUGGCACAAAUACAAGAUUAGCCUAGCAACUGGGGAAGGCUUUUAUCAGGCAGUUGAUCCACAGAAUCCAAGACAGGCUCCAUGCUGGAGGUCAAAGGGCGUGAAACAACGAACCCACAGCGUGGAGGUCAGAGAUGGUACGGUCUACGUAAAGCUGUCCACGUCCAGUGCAAAGCACGAAUCUGACUUCUAUUACUCGAAGGAAUACCAGCAAUUGAUGGGCUUAAACGAGGAAGUCUCUUAAUGAAGGGAGGAUCCAGAUUUUUUUUUAUUGAGGGUUUUAGGGGGUACUUAAGAUUUUUAAAUAAGGUAUUAGUUAAUAAAGGGAAUUUUUUUAUUGUUUAAAAUAAUUUGGGUUAAGGUCUGGAUCCUACCGGAAGUGUUCAUUUACUUUGUAAGACUAAAGUUUUAGUCUGUGGUAUAUAUUUUUUUAAAUUUAAUAUUAUUAAAUUAAUAUAAUUAUAUAUUAUAAAAAGAUGUAAAUAUGAAAUAGUAUUAAAGCAUACUAGCACGUCACAUACAAAAGUUCCAUUCACGGUUAAUAGAACUUCCAUUGCAUGGUCAGACUUUUCAGGCCUUGUAUAAAACAAGUGGUGAAUGUUUCACAUUCGUGCAAUGGUAAGAAUAAUUUCAUUCGGCGACAGAUUCACU